AGCCGAACGCCUUCCCCGGGGUUCGACAUUAAGGGCUUCUAUUUGUUUCACCCCAUACUAAACGCCAACUCGACGUUUCUGGGUUGAGAAACACUAGACUCUUGGAAGUGCCGCGGAAGACUGUUUCCAGACGCACCAAGACUGCUAAGGGACGCUGUCAUACAAUGUUCCGAUAGCUCGCAAUGCUUGACUCCCUCAAACACGUCCCUAAGAGAUCUAAACAAAACACGGCCAAUAUCAUCCGCCAACCAAAAGGACGGGCCGGAGCAUAAUACGCCGCUGUCAUGAUCGAUCUUGGAAGAUCCCUUCCACUCCAGUAUAAGUAGAGGGGGCCCGCUAUGCAUUGAGAGCAUCAACUUCGAUCGCAACCUUCCGACGUCGCAACAAUGGUUCACCUCUCUCUACUCGCAUCUGCGCUGGCGCUUGUUUCUGCUGUUUCCGCCCAAUGCGGUUCAGGCACGCCUGCGGCGAGGGUCACGGGCUCCGGCAGCUCUUUCACAGCGACCCGGGGUUCUACUAACGUGUACACCGGAUCUGAUUACCGUGCUGCUAUUCAAGCCGCUGUCGACUCCAUCAGCGCUGGCCAGCGUGUUUCCGUCAUUGCUUCGGGUUCUCUCGGGGCCAACACGAUCACACUGACCGCUGGUAAAAUCUUCGAAGGCUGUGGAACCAUCAAUGUUGCAAACCGAGCGGGUCGCGGCGCGAUCGAGGUCACGAAUGCGAACGAUGUUCAAAUUCCCUACCUCACCAUGACCGGAAGCCCCUACUUCGGUCUUCGCUUCUCCGGCGCCAAUGGCCUUGUUCUCGGCCAGAUCACCAUGAACCUCAGCGGUGGCUUGGGCAUCCGCUUCGACCGCGACCGUGCUGCCCAGUCGAACGUCAGGAUGGACGUUAUCCGUGUCACGGGUGCCAGCAGCCACGCCGUCGAGACAUGGAACAUUGAUGGCCUAACCAUCAACCAGGUCAUUGCUCGUAACGUUGGCGAGUCUGGACUGCUGCUCCAGAACUCCAUCAACGUCCAGGUCGGUCUCGUCGACGGUGACAACGUCGGUGCUGGAUCAGGAUACGGCACUCUCCGCUUCGCCAACCGCAACGGCCGCAACGCGAACGGAAACUACAACACCAACGUAUACAUCGACAGGGUCAAGUCCCGUGGUGGAGGUCGUGGUGUCUUCUGUGUGAGCGAGUCUGGUGCCGCAGUCAUCACCACAGUCGAUCUUGCCAACAACGGCAACAACGCUGUUCUGAUCGAGAACUGCUACAAUGUCUCCAUCCGCGGCGGAACUGUCAGCGGCGGCGGAGAGGUGCGUAUCGCUGCUCGUACGGAGUUUGCCAACACCCGUGACAUUUGGAUCACACUCAGGGUUGAUGGCACAACUGUCCGCGAGUCUCCUUGCGCCGACAACAGCAACUGGACCUUGACUGGUAACGGUGCUAGGAACAUUUGCUAGAUGUUCUGAGAUGACGGGUCGGAGAUUUGCAUUUCUAUGUAUAUAUGGCUUCACACGCAAUUUUAUAAUAUGCGACAACAACUCUCGCUGUCCCUCUGUCUGAAACACCUCCCCGAAGAUUGAAAUUGCAACUCAUCGCAGCGCUUACAGAAACUCCAUGGCGCUAGCUAAAAACUGCGGCGUGUGAAUGGCUACGAUCAUUCUCACGCCUUACAACUGAACUAGUAUCAGCUCACUUGAAAGCUAGUUGCUAACAGUCACUCCUAUC